UGUACAUGGACAACAGAUGACUAUUUAUCCAAUCAAACAAACCAAGCUACUCCUGUUAAUUCGGAGCUCACCACUGGAGCCCGACACGUAAGGGCUGGCUAGUGAUGCUCCUGAAGUAGUCCAACAAGCAAAAGAUUGUUGCCAUCUUUCUACGCGUGAGUAAAGCAGAGGAAUCUGUUUGUUACAUCGCUGCUUUUCCCAGUAUAAUUGCUUCACAUUUGAGAGGAAAGGGCAGAUGCAAGAAGAAGAAGAAGAAGAAGAGGAGGAGGGUUUUGCAGCCAGCCGCUGCAGAGAAGGGAGAGGCCGCCACCCCUCUGCGGCUCUGCCACGCCAAGUGAGAUGGACGUCUUGGAAGUUUUCGAGUUCUUCGAGAUCAUACUUGAGAACUCCUUCAGCAGUCAGAGGCUGCCAGACAAAUUUGCAAAGCUGCUCGACGGCCGUGAGCCCCGCGAAGUGAAGCUGCGGGAGGCCGGCAGCGGGCGUGGCAGCCUGUGGGACGUGGUGGUGGUCUUCGACGCCGACGGCCACAUGUACCUAGAGCGCGGCCGGAAGCAGUUCGUCCGUGCCCACGACCUACGGCUCGGGCACUUGCUCGUCUUCAGCUAUGACGGCGACGCCGUGCUCACCGUGAAGGUGUUCGACCUGAGCAUGUGUCGCAGGCACUAUCAAGACGAUACCAGCAGUGGGAGCAGCAGCGACAGUAGCAGUGACAGCACCAGCAGCAGGUCGGCAGAGAUGGACGUCGACGACGCUCCGACGUCGCAGUUCGCGGUGACGCUGAGUGUCUGCCACUUCCUCGGCAAGCAGCAGCAGUAUCUGAACGUGCCGCUGGAGUUCCAUGAGGCGCACGGGUACGCCAAGAGGAGCAAGGUGGUGCUGCGGAUGCGCGGCAUGGAUUGGGCCGUGAACCUGAAGCACAACAAGCGGGCGGGUGGCAAGACCCGCUCCACUUUCAGGUACGGGUGGCACCAGUUUCUGGUGGACAACAGACUCAAGGUCGGCGACAUCUGCUUCUUCCGCGCGCUCCGCGGGAACAACGCCGGCCGCGGCGGCGACGACGGCGACGACCACGAGCUCAAGGUGCAGGUCCGCAAGCUAGACGGCUCCUUCGUGGACUGAUGGGCACCGGCGGUUCGUUGCCAUCAGCCGUGUUGGCGUGCUCAUCACUGGCAUCGGCAUGGUACAAUGCUCAGGAGAAUGGAGUUCUUUAGUGUUUUCAACAGUGGCUUAGCUUCCGGUUGGUCUGUGUUUGUAUGUUCUGAAUCCUGGGUCAGUGACUUCUGAAUCGUGCUACCAGUAAUAUGAUGAAUAAACCGCCUGACUCUCUGCCUGCCCGUGUGCAAAUAUGAUGAAAUUGUUCGCU